AUGGCCCAUAACGAGAUAUUGAAGGAUUCACUAGAAAAGGCAUUCGCGACAGCUAAAGACCUCGACUUCAAACUCUUCUUCUCAUUCGAUUAUGCCGGCAACGGCAGCUGGCCCAUGGAAGAUACCAUCGAUCUCAUGAACCAGUACAAGAACCACCCCGCAUACUACAAGUAUGAGUCCAAACCAUUCAUGUCCACCUUCGAGGGCGCAACAAGUCCCGACUGGCCCGAGAUCAAGAAGAAUACCGACUCCUUCUUCAUCCCCGACUUCUCGUCGAUCGGCCCCGAAGCUGCCGCCAACAAAAGCUACGUCGAUGGCCUGUUCAGCUGGGCCGCCUGGCCAAAUGGCCCCACGCGCCUGAACACUUCAUCAGAUGAUGCCUACAGGCAUGCACUAGAUGGCCGCCCCUACAUGAUGCCGGUGUCACCCUGGUUCUACACCAAUAUGCCGGGCUUCGGCAAGAACUGGGUGUGGCGCGGUGACAAUCUGUGGUAUGAUCGUUGGCAAGAGGUGAUAUCUUUCCAGCCGGAGUUUGUCGAGAUCAUUUCGUGGAAUGACUACGGCGAGUCGCACUAUAUUGGUCCCCUACAUCCCAAGGGCCCUGUGUAUGAGGCUUUUGAUCGUGGAGAGGCUCCGUUCAACUACGUGAUUAACAUGCCGCAUGAUGGCUGGCGCACAUUCUUGCCGUUCGUGGUGGCUCAGUAUAAGAAUCCCAACGCGACUAUUCCUGUCGAAAAGGAGAAUGUUGUUUCGUGGUAUCGUCUGCAUCCUAACUCUGUCUGCACUACCGGGGGAACUACUGGGAACUCUGAAUCUCAGGGACAAAUCGAGUAUAAGCCUUCGGAGAUUGUCGAGGACCGUAUCAUGUACUCGGCUCUUCUCAACUCCACGGCCGAUGUUACGGUCACGAUCGGAGGCGACAAGGUGGCUGGGAAAUGGCAGCAUGUUCCCAAGGACGGAAAGGGUAUUUACCAUGGCUACGUCCCGUUUACUAAGGUUGGCGAGGUGGAGGUGACCAUAACCAGGGGUGAUAAGAAGGUAGCUGGUAUAACUGGGCAAGCUAUCACCUCCGAAUGUCCUAGCGAAGAGAAGGGGCUCCAGAAUUAUAAUGCUUGGGUGGGUACCUCGGGUGGAGAUCGCACGAUGUUUGCCUCAAUGGGCAUGCGUAUUUUCUCGUUGGGCGUGGUCAUGUUUACUUUGGCAGGAGAGUUAAAUGUUUUGUAA